AUGGACAACAUAUGUACCUAUUUGUUUGAGGUUUUUCGUAGGCCGUCAAUUGGGCUAUAUAAGCCAUCGGUUAUGUUGAGGAAGGUAUCAGUUUCACUUUGAGUCUACCACAAAGAACAAACUCGCAUAAUCAAUAUGUUCAAAUUCUUUGCUCUUUGCUUGAUGGCUGUUGUUGCUUUGGCCGCUGCUAAGCCAGGUAUUGUCGCUCCAUUGGCAUACACCUCAGCCUACUCAGCACCUCUGAUCGCCGCCUCACCCUACACAGCAGCUUACACUGCUGCCGCCUACAGCUCCCCAUUGGUUGCAUCUCCCUACUAUGCAUCACCAUAUGCGGCUGCCUACAGCGCAUAUCCUUACGCCUCGGCUCCAUACUUCCUUCGUCGUUAAUCAGCGUCGCAUGGAUAAUGCAACCUAAACUGACCAAAGCUACUUCCUGAUGCCUUUCGAAUACCUCCUCCUAGUCUUCACUUCAUUUUGUUGAUUUUUUUGUUCAGAAAAAUAAAAACUUUAACUUUAAAUUGAAAACAAAUAAACUGUGAAAUAGAAACAAAAAA